GGUAAUGCCAAUCAGGUUACGUCAAUGGAUGAAUUGCCUCAACUUCUAAAAACUGAAGUGUGUGUUUUUGUGCAGAUUCUAUUUUGAUGAUCGGGACCGACUCAAUUAGGAUGCUCCAGAUUCCUCUGCCCCUGGACCGGGACCCCACUCUGUUCCGCCUGCGGUUCACCUCCUUCGCUGUCAUCACUGUCUGCUGCCCUCUCUUGGGGUUUGUGUCCUGCGUCAUUAUCUCUCUGCUCUUCCAUUUCAAGGAGACCACUGCCACACACUGUGGGGUCUCAAACUACCUCCCCUCUAUUAGCGCUGCCAUCGGCGGGGAGACGCCCCAGCGCUACAUCUGGCGUUUCUGUAUCGGCCUGCACUCUGCGCCCAGGUUCUUGGUGGCAGUGGCCUACUGGAAUCACUACCGCGUUCUUUCUGCCACACACCGCUACUACCAGCCACUGUGCCACCUCAACCUGCUGCUGAGUACCUUGGAAAACCUGGGGCUGAUGAUACUCACCUAUGUGUCCUCCAAUGAGAAUUACCUGGUCCAUCAAAAUGCCUUCGUCCUGUUCAUGUGUUCUGCUCUGUGCCACAUGUAUCUGACCUGCAAGCUGUGGCGACUGGCUAAGAAACACACAGAACUGACUUCCUAUCUCUGGAAGCAUCGCAUCUUCAUCUUCAACCUGAUGACCUUCAUCUUUGCCCUAUGUGUUUUUGUUCGGCAUAACGCCUACUGCGAACCCGGGGUGUACACAGUGUUCGCAUUCCUGGAGUACCUGGUGGUUCUGUCCAACAUGGCGUUUCACAUGACAGCAUACUGGGAUUUUGGGAACAAGGAACUGGUCAUAGGCACACCACUCGAGGACAAACGAUUCUAAUGGUCCUGUCAGGGGCAUGGGGGACUUGCAGACAACAGUAGCACAUUGACAUAAGUGGAUGCAAGGGCACAGGAAAGCCGCCAUUCACACUGACAAUCGGAGUGCUUGUUCACCCAGAGCCACUUUGAAAGGGCUCAAAAGAACUUAUGGGAAGGAUGCCAGUUCGACCAGACUGCCUGGGGGAGAAUGAGCAGGGCUUCUGAGUUUCUCUCUCCCCCUCUCUCUCUGGAUCUCUCUCUCUCUCAAGUAGUUCUUUUACAGAUUCUGUUUUUUUUGAGAUUCACACAACCAUUUAUUCUGAAGAUGCUCAAUGUAUCCCUUUAAUCCAAAAGGCAAAAAGGAAUAACGGUGAGAAUGUUGCUUUGUUGUCAGAAGGUACAGGAACUAGAAACAAUGCAAACAAUACACUAGACUUGAACAGCCGAGUAUUUUCAGGAUGUGUUGGUGCUAAAAAAAAAAAAAAAAAAAAAAAAAAGGUUGUGAAUUAUUUCAGUGAAUAAAACUGAAGAAAUAAUUAUUAGUGCCGUACAGGUUUAAAACGAAGUUGCAAAGUUAUUUUAUUUAAAAAAAUCUCUAUAAUGCUAAGUAUUUAGCGGAAUUGUUAGAUACGGCUGAACUUCAAACAAAUGCAGUUUUGACCCCCUUAUCUGAAACAGUUAUGUUCCAGUGAUGGAAUUAGACUAUGUUAAAAGAGAAUGAGGAACAUUUUUAAAGUGAAUUAAAAGUAUGAUAUUUUAAUGAUUUUAUUCUAUUUUUUUUUUAGUUAACUUUGGAUUUGUUGAUGACUGGUUUCUUUUACUGUAUAUAUUGAUUUUAUGAUGAAGGCGAUUAAAUAAAUACAACUUUUUUUAUGGUCCCUGUUUUUAAUAUGAAAUGCAAACUGAUGAUAAAUCCCCAUUGUUAACCCACCUGAACAAAAUUUCUGCCUUCAUUUGAAAUUUGUGUGUACUUUUAAAGCCACAGAUCUUCCUCUGACCUCCCAGUGGUAUUCACACAUGGACUGAGCAUUUGUAUCUCAGCCAGGGCUAUACUGUUUGUGAACCCAGCUCUGUUAAUAUAGAUAAAAUGUUUUUUCCUGUGGAUGUUAAUGAGUAAUGCUCAAACCACCAGAAUUUUGCAUAGGGGAAUUUUAUUAUUUUCCUGUGAUUAAAAUCACAGGGUACCUGUUGGGUAACUUUUAACAUCCUACCUGCACUACAGCAAGAAAUUCUCAGUUUCUGAGGGCUGUGUGAGGAUGGGUAACUUUAAACAUAAUUUAUUUCUGAAUUUAUUUGUUUGUUAACAGACAUUUCUGAGCUGCUACUGUGUUUUUUGUAUCGGAUGGCAACACCUGGGUAUUGUUCUGAAAACAUUACCUGUAAGCAACAACACUAAAAGUUGACUAAGAUACAAAUUGGUUUCGAUCCAGUGUGUAGGUCAUCUUACUUUUAUUUUGAUUGUAUGCAGAUAUCUUUUCAUGUUUAGAUGUUGAGUUUUGCCUUGUCUGUUUUUGUGAAUUGGUUACAGCAGGUUCACAAUGUAAAAUGAUUUAUGUGUAACAUUAUUACUGCUAAGUAUAUUUAAACAAAUGGUACUUGAAUUAAAUACAUAUCUUGUAUACACAUGAAUAUGUGGAAAUUUAAA